UUAUAGACUUUCAAACUGCAGUAUCACUGAAGAAGGUUAUAAAGCUCUGGCUUCAGCUCUGAGAUCAAACCCUUCACACCUGAUAGAGCUGGAUCUCACAGGAAAUGAUCCUGGACAAUCAGGAGUGAAGGAGCUCAGUGAUUUACUACAGGAUCCAAACUGUCAACUUAAGACACUGAGGUUUUUGGAUCCUGCUGCAGAUGAAGCCUGUCAGUAUGUGACUGGAAUUGUGGGUAAAAACCUGUUACUCCUGAGAGAGCUGAAUCUGAGUGGACAUGAACUAGGAGACACACGAGUGAAUCAGAUCGCUGCUCUACUGCAGGAUAAACACUGUCAACUCAACACACUGAUUCUGAAUAACACCUGUAUCACAGAAGGAGGUUGUCAUGUUCUGGCUGCAGCUCUAAAUUCAAACCCUUCAAAUCUGACAGAGCUGGAUCUGAGUGAGAAUAAACUAGGAAACACAGGAAUGAAGAUCAUCUUGACUCUGUUUGAAAAUGUACAGUGUAGACUGGAAAAGCUGAAGCUUUCAGACUGCAGUAUCACUGAAGAAGGUUAUAAAGCUCUGGCUUCAGCUCUGAGAUCAAACCCUUCACACCUGAUAGAGCUGGAUCUCACAGGAAAUGAUCCUGGACAAUCAGGAGUGAAGGAGCUCAAUGAUUUACUACAGGAUCCAAACUGUCAACUCAAGACACUGAGGUUUUUGGGUCCUGCUGCAGAUGAAGCCUGUCAGUAUGUGACUGGAAUUGUGGGUAAAAACCCGUUACUCCUGAGAGAACUGAAUCUGAGUGAACAUGAACUAGGAGACACACGAGUGAAUCAGAUCGCUGCUCUACUGCAGGAUAAACACUGUCAACUCAACACACUGAUUCUGAAUAACAACUGUAUCACAGAAGGAGGUUGUCAUGUUCUGGCUGCAGCUCUAAAUUCAAACCCUUCAAAUCUGACAGAGCUGGAUCUGAGUGAGAAUAAACUAGGAAACCCAGGAAUGAAGAUCAUCUUGACUCUGUUUGAAAAUGUACAGUGUAGACUGGAAAAGCUGAAACUUUCAGACUGCAGUAUCACUGAAGAAGGUUAUAAAGCUCUGGCUUCAGCUCUGAGAUCAAACCCUUCACACCUGAUAGAGCUGGAUCUCACAGGAAAUGAUCCUGGACAAUCAGGAGUGAAGGAGCUCAAUGAUUUACUACAGGAUCCAAACUGUCAACUCAAGACACUGAGGUUUUUGGGUCCUGCUGCAGAUGAAGCCUGUCAGUAUGUGACUGGAAUUGUGGGUAAAAACCCGUUACUCCUGAGAGAGCUGAAUCUGAGUGAACAUGAACUAGGAGACACACGAGUGAAUCAGAUCGCUGCUCUACUGCAGGAUAAACACUGUCAACUCAACACACUGAAUCUGUGUUUAUGCAGAAUUACAGAGGAACAGUGUCUCAUCCUGACUUCAGCUCUGAAAUCAAACCCAUCACACCUGAGAGAACUGGACCUGAGAGGAAAUGAACUAGGAGACUCUGGAGUGAAAAACCUCAGUGAUCUACUGAUGAACACACAAUUCAAGCUGGAGAAACUAGAUCUGUGUGGAUGCAGAAUUACAGAGGAACAGUGUCUCAUCCUGACUUCAGCUCUGAAAUCAAACCCAUCACACCUGAGAGAACUGGACCUGAGCUUGAAUCAAAUAACAAACACAGGAGUGAAUCACUUAUGUGACGUACUGAAGGAUUCACAAUGUAAACUGGAGAGAUUGAG